AUGGGCAACGAGAUUGCAAAGAGAAAGAAUAGCUACACAUUUGACAAUGAAUCUCAUCGGAACCGACGGCGGUAUUUGAAAUUUCUCAAUGAUGAUGUACCGGACAUAAUACCAGCAGAAUCUGAACACAAUUUGAGUGAUACAGAGUCUGAACAAAUUCGAUCGGAAGCUCGUCGUUAUUCAUUCACUCUGCUUUCUGCUACUCUACCUGUACAGUAA